UACUCCUAGCUCAGUUGAUCUGUGUUUUGUCUCUGCUGUUUUCUUAAACUGAAAGACGGAAACGUAAAGUUUGAUAAAACGGAGCAGUUAGUGACUUCAUCUAGGAGAGAAACGGACAAUUUUAAAGGCUACAGGAUGAAAGAGAGACAGGAAGUUAAUCACAGGAAGUUGUCAAAGCAAAACAUAACAGACCAGGUGUUGCUUCUAUGAGUAAAAAACAGGGAACCUACAGUUCAAAACUGAAAUAACAGCAAAUACUGGAAAAUUGGAGAGUAGUAGGAGAAAGCAGCAUACCUCCAGAAGUAGCUCAGGAUAGCCAGUUUUAAACUGUAGCUACGUGGAGGUAGAAAUUAACAGUGUUCUUCACCUCACAUUAGGUCAUAAUGUUAUGCCUGAUUCGUGCAUAUUCAAUUCUAUUGAUCUUUAAAACUGUCCAGCAGAGCUUUGGCCUAUAGAGUGCGCUCUGUUUUUACAGCUGUGGACUGCAGUAAGCCUGUGUUGCCGGCGGGGGGCGGUAACGAGACAAACCCUCUGAAACCGGAAGUGAGCCGUCCUUUUAUUGUGCUGCAGCAGUGAGUGUUAGCUGUGAACAUGUCCGGCAUGUCUUCAGCUCAGCAUCUCAGAGAGUUCAUCAGCCAGCGGCUGACUGCCGCCGCGGAGGAAAUCUUCUCGGUCUUCCAGAGAACUAUCGCCCAGUACGAGGAAGAGCUGGACCGCCAGCGCAGACUGCUGGACGGCGGCUGGAGGCCGGACUGCGGCUUCCAGAGAGCAGAUUUCCCUCGGUGUUCUGUCAGGACAAAGCAGAUCCCUGCUGAGCUGCAGCUCCAGAACCAGCAGGACUCCAGUUUGGACCAUCCACAGAUCAAAGAGGAGCAGGAGGACAUGUGGAGCGCUCCGGGGGACGGACAGCUGGUCCUGAAGCAGGAGGCUGAUGUCCUGAUGGUGGCGCCGUCGCUCCAGGAGGGAAACCUCAGCGAACCAGAAUCAGACUGGAUCCAACAGGAGAGACCGGAUCAGGACGGAGGCUGGACGGACAAAUCCGGGCCGGACAGAGACACGGAGCUGAAGGGCAGCCGGGACAGGACGCUGAUGGACAACUGUCCCCUGUUGGAAAGUAAGAGAGACAGAAGAGACGGAAAAACCUCGGAGAACUCGGAAAGCAUGACUCACUACAGAAUCCACACAGACUUUCCAAAGCAUUUUCUCUGGAAGGAGGCAAAUAUUCCCGUUGGCCAGGCAGGAAACUCCAGUCUAGACCGGGAGCAACCAGAAGCUCCUGAGAUUAAAGAGGAGCAGGAAGACGUCUGCGUUCGUGAUGAAGAUGAACUGGUGGUGAAGCAGGAGGUCGAUAGCUUCCUAGUGACAUCUGAUUAUGAGGAAACUGACCACAGUGAGUCAGAACCAAACCAGAAUGCCUUCCAUGCAGCUGAGAAGCAGGAUCUGGAAGGAAACUGGGACAAAGACUCGGGAUCCAGCCAGAAUCGGACGAGUCAAAGUAAUGCAGCAGACGAUCUCCCUCCAUUCGAUAGCGUCUGUAAUUCUGACUCUGGUAAUAAAUCGACAAAAUGUUCUGUCUGUGGGAAAACCUUCAGCAGCAACUUCAAAAUGCGGAAACAUUACAGAAUCCACACGGGAGAGAAACCAUAUUCCUGUAAGAUCUGCAGGAAAGCUUUUCGGGAGAGCAAGUACCUGUCAGUCCACAUGAGAACUCACACUGGGGAGAAGCCAUAUUCAUGUGAAACUUGUGGGAAAAGCUUCAGUCAGAACAGCCAUUUGAGUUCCCACAAGAGAACCCACACGGGGGAGAAACCACACCCCUGCAGCACCUGCGGGAGGAGGUUCGCCGAAGCAUCGGCGCUCAGAAACCACAUGCUCACCCACACCGGAGAAAAACCCUUUUCCUGCCAUAUUUGUGGGAAAAUCCUACGGUACAGCAGCAGCUUGUCGGCUCACAUGAAGAUCCACACGGGAGAGAAGCCGUUUGUGUGCAAGACGUGCGGGAAAUGCUUCAGCCACAACAGCAGCCUGAUUUCCCACAUGAGAAUCCACACUGGAGAGAAGUCAUACCAGUGCACGACAUGCGGCCGCUGCUUCAGCCACAGCACCACGCUGCUGCGCCACACCCGCAGCCACACUGGGGAGCGCCCGUACUCCUGCGCCACCUGUGGGAAGUGUUUCAACAGCAGCAGCCACCUGAGCGUCCACAUGACCACCCACACCCGGGAGAAGCUGUACUCCUGCACUAUGUGCAGCAAGCGCUUCAGCCACGGUAGCAACCUGGUGCGCCACAUGAGGACUCACACCGGCGAGCGGCCCUACUCCUGCCAGGCCUGCAGCAAGCGCUUCAAAAGCAGCACUCACCUGUCGCGACACAUGAAGACUCACAGGAAGGGUCACAGUCCGGAGGUGGAGAUAGUCCUGGAGGACGGCGGCGCUCCGGCCGCUCAGAGCUAUGUGAGCCGAUUGAUGUUAGCUGUGAACAUGUCCGGCAUGUCUUCAGCCCAGCAUCUCAGAGAGUUCAUCAGCGAGCGGCUGACUGCCGCCGCGGAGGAAAUCUUCUCGGUCUUCCAGAGAACCAUCGCCCAGUACGAGGAAGAGCUGGACCGCCAGCGCAGACUGCUGGACGGCGGCUGGAGGCCGGAGGUUCGGCUGGACCGGACAGAACUUCCUGUUCAGUUCCUGAGGAAGGAGGAAGAGGAAGUUCCUGCUGACCAGCAGCUCUGGAAGUCCAGUCCGGACCGGGAGGAACCAGAAUCUUCCCGGGUCAAAGAGGAAGAUGAUGCUCUCUGCUUCGUCCGUGAUGAAGAGCCGCCGGUUCUGAAGCCGAACGCUGAUAUCACCAUGGUAACGUCUGCUGAUAGCGAGCCAGAACCCAGCAGGGACCGGAGCGUGUCCGAGUCGGAGACCCGAGAACCGGCAGGAAGCUGGAGUGACAACUCGGACUCGGCCAGAGAUCGGACCGGGUUCUGGAGCAGCCACCAGGAAGGUCAGGAACCAGACGCUCUGACUCCAAACAGUGGCCUGCUCGGCGCUGCUGCCGCCGGGGUCAGAGGUCAGGACGGAACCUGGAUCGAGAAGGAGUUGGAGCCGAAGAGGAGACGGGUCAGGAAGAGGAGCAGCGGUUCCGGCCUGGUUCCGGGUGGACUGGGGCUGCGGCCCGUUUCCUGUGACGUCUGCGGGAAAGCCUUCAGGUGCAACUCGGAGAUGAGGGUCCACUUGCGCGUUCACACGGGCGAGAAACCGUUCUCCUGCGACGUCUGCCAGAAGGCGUUCAGCUUCAAGGUCAACUUGUCCGUCCACAUGCGGACGCACACGGGAGAGAAACCGUACGCUUGCCAGUUCUGCGAGAAACGCUUCUCGGAUCACUCAUCACUCCGGAAGCACACCAACGUUCACACAGGAGAGAGGCCGUACUCCUGCGCCGUCUGCGGAAAGCGCUUUAGCCGCAGUAGCCACAUGUGGCGGCAUGUCAGGGUCCACGCCGGAGAGGCUCCGCCCACCUUGUUAGCUGUGAACAUGUCCGGCAUGUCUUCAGCCCAGCAUCUCAGAGAGUUCAUCAGCCAGCGGCUGACUGCCGCCGCGGAGGAAAUCUUCUCGGUCUUCCAGAGAACCAUCGCCCAGUACGAGGAAGAGCUGGACCGCCAGCGCAGACUGCUGGACGGCGGCUGGAGGCCGGACUGCGGCUUCCAGAGAGCAGACCUGCUGCGACAGUAUUUGUGCAAAAAGCCAGAGAUUCCUGCCGCACCGCAGCUUUUGCACCAGCAGGGGGCGUCGGCGCUGACCCGGCAGCAGCCAGAACCUCCGGAGCUUAAAGGUCAUGAGAGAGCAGAGAGUUUCCUCAUCAGAGCUGAACGGAGGGGCCUGGAGGAGCAGCUGGUUCUGAAGCAGGAGCUGGACGCCUUCACGGCGCCUCACCCAGACGGAUGCCGCAGGGCUCCAGAACCGAAACACAAGUUUCCUCUGGAAGGAAGAGAGCAGAUCAGAACCAGAAACCCGGCCAGCAGCAGAGAGCGUGGCUCCACCUCAGAGAACCGAGACCAAACCCAGAAAUCAGAACCAACCUUCCAGCAGAACGCAGAAACAGAUGCUCCACAGCGUUGUGUCUCCAUGGAGGCGGAGCCUCCUGCAGACCGGAAGGAGCAACAGGAAGCAGAACCUCCACAGAUUAAAGAGGAGCAGGACGAGCAGCUGGUGCUGAAGGAGGAGAUUGACUCCUUCACCGUGACGUCGGCUUAUGAGGAAAGCGACCAAAGUGAAGCUGAAGGAAACGCCGAGCAGAACGUUUUCCUCAGUUUCCAGGAGGGAAGCUGGGAGCGAGAGCCCGGAUCAGCAAGCACAACUGACCCGAUGCCACGUCUUAAACUCAUGAGUUACAGUUACAACCCGAGCGCUGAGAAUCCGAGCAGCGCCGGGACCAGCGACGGACCCUCAGGAUGUCAGCUCUGUGGGAAAAACUUUGGCAGCGACUCAGAAUUAAAGGAACAUUUUAAAAUCCACGUGGUGGAGAAGCCGUUUUCCUGCAAUGUGUGUGGAAAAGCUUUCAAAUACAACAUCAAGCUGCUGAUCCACAUGAGGACGCACACUGGGGAGAAACCAUUUUCCUGCGAAAUCUGCGGUAAAGGCUUCAGCCAGAAGGUCAAUCUGAACGUCCACAUGAGGACGCACACGGGUGAAAAGCCGUAUCUCUGCAAGACCUGUGGAAAGAGGUUCUCUGACCAGUCUGGCUUUAAACGCCACAUGACCAUCCACACGGGCGAGAGGCCCUACAUCUGCAAAACCUGCAACAAAGCCUUCAGGUACAGCGUCCACCUCAUGGUCCACAUGCGAACGCACACGGACGAGCGGCCAUACUUCUGUAAAACCUGCGGCAGAACCUUCUCCGACCCGUCUACACUCCGGAAGCACACCAUGACCCACACGGGCGAGAGAUCCUACUCCUGCCAGACCUGCGGGAAGAGCUUCAGUGACAACAGCAACCUGCUGCGGCACAUGAGGACGCACACGGGCGAGAAGCCGUAUUCCUGCGAGAUCUGCAGCAAAAGCUUCAGCCAGAGCAGCAACCUGAUGCAGCACAUCCGCACCCACACGGGCGAGCGACCGUACCCCUGCGGCAUCUGCGACAAGAGCUACAGCCACAGCUGCACGCUGCUCAAACACAUGAGGAGCCAUUCGGGCGAAAAGCCGUACUCCUGCGAGCUCUGCGGCAGAUGUUUCAGUCACAAAUGCACGCUGCUGAAGCACAUGAAGAUCCACACGGACGGCGGCGCUGUGCAGUCCUGAAAGCCCUGAAAGCAUCAGGUCAAGAGGCGAGCUGGUCGGUUAGUCUGCUCACAUCCUUUAAAUGUUCCUUUUCAUAAAUGAACUUUAUCAUCUCUGGGACAAAAACUGAAAUGAUUUGUUGAUUUUCUGUGGGGCUGCAAAUGAAGCAAAACAUGUUCAAAAGAAGAAAAACCGACGACUCAAAUGCUGGUUCUCCUCACUGCCAGCACCAACAUCACACAUACGCAGAAAAAUAUUAAGAAUAUUUGUAUAUUGCAAUUUGUACGAUGCUUUUUCAAGUCUGAGGAUUCCGAAGGACAUUCAGUGAUUCACCACUGAUGGUUGCAGACUGACAGAGGGGUGAGGCAGCCCACCAGAGCGGGGUUCGAACCAGCAACAGUCAGCAGUCACUGUUAGGCCCAGGCUAACAACAAACAUUUAAUUAUGAGAAUAAAUUCACAAAGUUACGAGAAAAAAGUCAUAGUGUUACAAGAAUAAAG